AUGCUUAAGAUUAAUCGUCUUGGUAAUAAAAAUAAUUUCAGUUUUAGAUACUUAAUUCCCACAAUCAGCAGUGUCAUGCCAGCUUUAUAUCUUAAAAAGCUAGUCAAAGUGAAAGUACAUAAAAGUUUAGAUGGGAAAUUAGCCAAAUUUAUUAAUUCAUUAGAUAAUUUUGAAGCGGCAAUCAUAAAGAAUAAAACUUUUCUUCAAGAUGCUCAAAUUAUUAAAACCUCAGCUGACAUCUUGAAACAUUACGACAAAGACAAUAAUAUUCCUGUCAAUUUAGUGCAAGUUAUAAGUGAUGUUAUCAAGGUUCUCUACACAUUUCUUAAAAACCUCGAAAAUUUUGAAAUCGAUGAGAGGUUGAGUCACAUCUACGAGCCUUUCGAAGAUCUUGAAAAUGAUGACCUGUUGAAAAUUGACCAACAAAAUCAACCAAUUGACCUCAAAGUUAUUAAAUUUUUCUUCAAUAUUUUUGCUUAUGUUCAAAGUCAAGUUCUUUGGCGAUUUGCGUUGAUUGUUAUGACUAAUAUUUAUCCAGCCAUAAGCAUAUUAAAAAAUGAUAUUGACGGAAUUACUGAGUUCAUAGUAAAUGAAACUAAAUCGAUUUCAAAAUUCUUAGAUUUAGUCAAAGUGUCGAAACAACAUGAAAAUAAUCAACAAGAAAAUUUGAAAGAACUCUCGCUUCCUAAAGAGCUGCGUGAAGUUCGUUCAGGUGCAAUAAAAUCGUCAGCAAGAGUUUUAAAUGUCGCCUUACAAUCACAAUAUCUUGAAGAGUUGGUUCUGAAAUUUACUGGAAAUUUUGAUAAUCCAAAGCAAAAAGAAAUCGAUGAGAUCUUAAGAUUAAUGGAUUCAAUUUCAAAUGAUUUAUCAUUAAGAAUCGAUGAACACAAAAGAAUUGCAAUAUCAUUUCAAAAAUAUUUGAACAUUGAGACUGACGAUGAGAAGAAUGCUAAAAAAGAAGUUGAAACUACCGAUAGCGGCCACAAAUCUGAUGUAAAAAUAAUAAAAUAUGCGGAAGAAACUGAAGUACCACAAACUGACGAUUUCUUCUUUGUCGAUGGAACAACUGAAUUGGCUGAUGAAGCAAAAUCAAUUGAACCUGAAGAUAUCGAUGAAGUCAACACAAAACUAACGAAAAAAUAUUUUAAGCCCGUUUUGACACAACUUAAAGAAAGAAUUGAAGUUAUUGGCGAAGAAAUGAAGGAACGUGAAAAGAAAGUUCUAAAAUUAAAAGGAAUUGAAAUAAAAGACGAACCGGAAGUUAUGAAAUUAAGCGAUGACAGCGAGUCUGACUCUGAUGAUGAUCGUGAACGAAAGCGGAAAAUAAGAAGAAAUCAAGAAAAGUUUACCGACAGCCGAGAUUUUUUGGGAAAUAAACAGCAAAUCAAUCUUUUUGGUGCGUCAGUGAUUAUUCAAUGA